AUGCUAGAACUUAAGGGCAAGAACUCCUGGUUCUCGGCCAUCGAGAAGCGUGAGUACGACCACGUGCGUGCCAACCUUGAGCAAUACGCUGGGAGUGUCAACGAAGAGGGACAUACGGGCCUUAUGAGGGCUGUCAUUAUGAAUGACGACGACAUGGCGCGUAUUCUUGUUCAGAAUGAGUACGGUAAGCGGGACGCCAGGGGCUACACUGCCCUCAUGAUCGCUGCCGAGCUCAACAAAUCCAAGCUUUGCCGCCGCCUCGUUCACUUCGAGGGUGACCUCACCGGGGGCAGCGACGAUUUCACCGCCCUCAUGAUAGCAGCCAUGUCUGGGUCGUAUGAGGCCGUCAUGGUGCUGUCGCCGUAUCUCAAGGACAAAUACUCCAAGAUUAACAGGAACGCGCUGUCCUACGCAGCGGAGCGCGGAAACUUAGACUGCGUCAAGUUUCUGAUGUCCCGCGAGAGUCACGAGGAUAUGGGACCGGGCUCUCCCCUGAAGUACGCUGCUGAGAAUGGCCACGCCGAGGUUGCUGCUGUCUUGGCCCAGUUUGCGAAGGACGACGAUGAGACGGUUUCUCAGUCUCUCACGAAUCUUAGCCUUGCCCAAAGCCAGGGGGUUGCUCAGUCGUACGACAUCUGUGCCAUGAUCAAGGCCAUCGACAUUUCUCGUAAGGGGAUGGAGAACUUCGGAUCUGAGGCGACCAAGGUGAUGAAGACUAGCUACGAGUGUGAGCUUGAGAGGAAGUUAGAGAAGUAUAGUGACAUGCUCAAUGCCGCAAACAGCCAUGCUGACCUUGUGAUUGCGGAGAGUGCUGCAAUGCGUGCAAGGAUCACGCAGCUAGAGGAGGCUCUUACCAGGGGCAAGUCAGAGCUGGAUCAUCUGACUUGCGAGCUAGAGGAUUAUAAGGCUAGACUCACCGAUGCUGAAAUGCUCCUUGAGACCGGCGAGCGAACAAACCUGAUUUUGUCCAUGGCCGACUCUAAGAAUGUUUGA